AUGGCUCUCAUGAAGGUAAAGUUUGACCUGAAGAAACGGGUGAAGCUGGCCCAGAUGCUGUGGCUGAUGUACUGGUUUUCCGUGAUGGCCGGAGUGCUGGUCUUCAGCAUGGGCAUGUUCUUCAAGAUCGAACUGAGGAAGAGGAGCGAACUGAUGGACAAUAACGAGAGCCAUUUCAUGCCCAACCUGCUCAUCGGCGUCGGGCUGCUAACCUGCGGGAUCAAUGCCUUCGGCGGGAAGAUCUGUUACGACUCCUUAGACACCUCCAAGUUCGCCAAGUGGAAGUCGAUGCUGAAGCCCUUCCUCAUCUGUUGCUUGAUCUUCAACGUGCUCCUCUUCGUGACGGGGUUGCUGUGCUUCGCCAUGCGGAUCCCCUUGCAGUUCACCCUGGCAGAGGGUCUGAAAAACGGCAUGAAGUACUACAAAGACACAGACACGCCCGGCCGCUGUUACAUGAAGAGGACGUUGGACCUCAUGCAGAUGGAGUUCCGUUGCUGUGGGAACAACGACUACAAGGAUUGGUUUGAGAUCCAGUGGAUAAGCAACCGGUACCUGGACUUCAGCUCUAAGGAGGUCAAAGAUCGGAUCAGCAGUAACGUGGAUGGCAGAUACCUGCUGGAUGGGGUUCCUUUCAGCUGCUGCAACCCCAGCUCCCCUCGGCCUUGCAUCCAGCACCAGAUGACCAAUAACUCAGCCCACUACAGCUACGACCACUACACCGAGGAGCUGAACAUCUGGAAGCGGGGUUGCCGUGACGCCCUGGUGUCUUACUAUGGAGGACUCAUGGGGACCAUCGGAAUAUUGGUGCUGCUGGUUACUGUACUUGAGGUGUUGGUGAUGGUGGGUCUACAGUAUGUGAACACUGCCUUCUCCUCAUUGGCCAACCCAGAGGAUCCGGAGAGUGAGAGUGAAGGAUGGAUCCUGGAAAAAACUGUCAAGGAGACUUUCACUGACAUCAUGGCGAAGAUGAGGGCCAUGGGCAAAACCAAUCAGGUGGAAGAAGGGGCGGAGGAACAGGGUGCUGCUUCGGCAAGCUGA